AUGCAUGCCGCACGUGCUUGCGCAAGAACAGUGCUAUCAACUGGCUAUCAACAACGCAGGAGGAAGACGAAAGAAAGGAUCACGACGCUGAUGCAGAGCCACACUUUGCUGGAGCAUCUUCUCGAAGACCAGCAGCGGAAGCCCCAGGGGCGCUUCAGUUAUCUGAAGGGGCUUCCGUUUCGAAUGAGCGAGUCGACGGCCCAGACCACCACCAACAGUGCCGAUCACGAAAUUCGGAACUUUGUGCUGUUCGCGUGUCUCGUCAGCUUUGUGUUACUGGUAUCCUUCUUUGCCGUGCCGAGUCGACAGAAGACCAGGUCCAGACCUCCGUCGCUGCCCGCACUUUCGUUGUACACAGGGCGUGUCAAGGGUGGCGAUGUCUCGUCCCAAACGGAUCGGAUGUCUCCCCUGCCGAAAAACGUGGUUCCUCGUCACUACGACCUAGAGCUGGACGUGAGCGACCUGGACAGAGCGGCAGCGUUUACCGGAAGGAUGAACGUCGUCGUCGAGUGCGUCGAGAAGGCGACCAUGACCAUCGUGAUGCAUUCGAUGAACCUGACCGUGCGCGACGCGAACAUCAGCACUUUCUCGGGGAACCAGCAGAUCAGCAACGUGGGGGUGAAAACGCAGCAGUCGGAACCCGAUCUCGAGGACCUUGUGAUUUUCGAUUUGGGUUUUGAGCUGGUGAGCGGUACUGAAUACAAUCUGUCCGUUAGUUUUGCUGGUCCCUACAGAAGCGAGCUGUUGGGGUUAUCGGUGCGUAACUAUACCAAUGAACACGGCAGUGUUUCUAAUGUAUUGUCGUCUCACUUACAGUACGGAAAAGCCAGACUAGUGUUUCCUUGCUUCGAUGAGCCUAACCUGAAGGCGACGUUCAAUCUUUCCCUGAUAAGGAGGAGAGGAUUCGAGUCGCUCUCGAACUGGGACGUACAGAACACCCUAGAAAUUGACGGAAGCUUGCGGAGGGACACCUUUGAACUCUCGCCUCAGAUAUCACCAUCCCAACUCGCCUUCUGCGUUUACAACGGGUUUCUGGUACGCUAUCAGGGUUACUCCAAGCUGUAUUCCCUGAAGUCUGACGUGACCUUUUUGGAGAUGACACUCCGAUCUUUCUUAAAGAUGAUCAAGUAUAUGGAAACAUUACUGAAUGCCCCUCUCCCGUUUAGAAAGUACCAUUUGUUGUCCCUACCAGAUGUUGAGCAGAGUAUUUCUCCCAGUUGGGGCAUCGUGGUGUUUGGAACGCCUAUGCUGGCUUUUGAUGAAGAGACUCAAGACUGGAGUCGCCGAGAGGAAGUCCUCUCAAGACUCGCGCACGUUGUGGCCCACCAGUGGUUUGGUAAUCUGGUCUCACCGCGACGCUGGGACGACAUUUGGGUGUACGAAGGUUUGGCAUUCAUCUUUCAGAGGAUCAUUCUGGACAACGUUUUUGGCGAUCAAAUCUCAGAGAGCUACCGCGGACGGCGAGUUCGCGAUGUCCUCCGCUCUGAAGACAUAAAAAGACUGACGACUAAGCCGCAAAAAUGGCUUCCGACGACGUGCGAUCAUCCGCUGAUGCGCAAGGCGGAGAUUAUCAUGGACGUGAUGAUGCAAAUUGUGUCGCCGAGAGGAUUCAUUGAAUCUGUUUCGUCAUUUCUUAACCAGUCGCGUUUUGCUGCCACAGGAGUCAAGGAUCUUCUCAUGACACUCAGAAAGCAAAACAGCUCUUCGAAUUUUGUAGAGAAAAUCGAAACGUGGAUCAACCAUGUCGGCUAUCCCCUCUUGAGCGUCAAGCGAAAAGCCCGCCGGGCUAACACUUUCGUCCUGUCGCAGACGACAAUGUGCUAUGGUGCCACCAAAUGUUUUAACCAGACAUGGCGCAUUCCAAUCAGCUACACGAUAUACAAAGACACGGGCGAAAACUUCACAGAGAAGCUUUGGUUGACGCAACAUGAAACCCAACUUCAGCUCAAUGUCUCCGAUAGUGAUGUUGUACUUUUCAAUACCAGAGGGUGGGGCUAUUACCGAGUUAACUACGAUUCUCUAGAGUGGAACAAGAUAAUAAAACUGCUAAGCGUCCCCGGCUUCCUGGACUCCUCCACAAAAGUACGUGUGUUGGACGACGUUUAUCAGUUGAGCGAAGCUGGUGUUAUACCCUACUCACUCUUUUUCGAUGCUGUGACAAAGCUUCGUGACGAGUGGGAACAAAACAUUUGGAGGACAUACUUUGAGAUUACAACUGACCUGGACAAAAUGCUCGUUCACAGUCAAUUGGACAAAGCGUGGCGCAACUUCAACAGCGAUCUGCUGACCACCAUCGUGUCUCGUAUAAUGAAAGCUGAAGAGCCUUCUUCGAGGAGGUUCCAAAAGGAAAUCCUGGAACGCGCCUGCUGGUACGGCCAGCCACAGUGUAUCCGAGUUGCAAAGGAGACGCUGAACGCUUACCUGACUGAAAACAAGACAAGGACUCCAACCAUCCUUCCUGCCGGCGUCUCACUCUGUUCGGGUAUCCGCCACGGACCUGUCGAAUUAUGGGACAUGCUCUGGUCCAAACUUUUCUCAUCGUCCAUCACGCUAGGCACGGCCGUUUUAAUGGAUCCCAUUUUGCAGGGUCUCAGUUGCACGUCAAAUGAAGGGAGGCUUUGGAAGCUUCUGAACGAAACCCUAGUGUCUUCUCUGCUCAAGAAACAGCAGGACUUUGUCUUGCAUUGCGUGGCGGCUUCGGGUGUUGCUAGAGGUGUCCUGCUCGAGUUUGUUCUCAGCAAUUGGAACAAAGCGAUUGGCAAGACCGGGUCUCACAACAACGGCACCUGGGAUGCCAUCUUUGAAAGCGUUUCUCGGGAUGCCAAGACGUCGAGAGAAGUGAAUCUGCUGUCGUCACCUCAAGCGAAUGCAACAGACAGCAAGGUGAUUGGCGCUGCUCUUACAAGUGCUCUGGAGAGAAGGAAGCGCUACAAAAGGUGGCACAGGGAACAUGACGCCGAUCUUUUCAAGGCCCUGAUAACGUAG